CAUAAUCGAUAAUCACACCUUGAGUCUCCACGAUUGGGAGACGCGAAUCUCUCGAUGGCAUCUGAAGCUGCAUGAUGUCUCCUUCUUGGACUCCAUUGUGGAGUACCUGGAUAUUGCGCAGGACGUGGAACUCUACGGAGCGUCUAUCUUCGAAGUUGAAAGUAAAUCAGGCUCCAGAAAGUGGAUAAGCUUGGAUGCCGUGGGUCUCAACAUCUAUGAGAGCAAGCGUGAUGUUUUAACGGAUGCCCAGGCCGAGAUAGCAGCACUCAAUAACGCCUUGUAUGAGUCCCCAAAGGAUAAACACGAAAAGAAGUGUGCAACAGCAGAAGUCCCUGAGUUACAAAGGUACAACAACUUUAGGGCAACAAACGUGUGUAAACAAGGUCCAAGAACCAAUCAGCUUCUCUUCUGGAUUGGUCACCGGUUCGAUUGGCUAGUGACUCGACGGCUGACUGCAACUUGA